AUGCUCUUCUUCAAGUCUAUCGCUUCUCUUGCUGCUCUUGUCAGCCUGGCUGUCGCCAGCCCCAUUGAGAGCCGUCAGUCCGCCACUACUUGUGGUAGCACAAACUACUCCGCCUCCCAAGUCCGCGCUGCUGCCAACGCUGCUUGCCAGUACUACCAGAACGACGACACUGCUGGCAGCUCUACCUACCCUCACACUUACAACAACUACGAGGGCUUUGACUUUCCUGUCGACGGUCCCUACCAAGAGUUCCCCAUCAAGAGUGGUGGCGUUUACACGGGUGGCUCUCCCGGUGCUGACCGUGUUGUCAUCAACACCAACUGCGAGUAUGCUGGUGCCAUUACUCACACUGGUGCUUCCGGCAACAACUUUGUUGGAUGCAGUGGUACCAACUAA